UUUCAGUAUUUUUCUCACUGUCUACCGUCGGGACCUCCGCCGGUAACGGGUCAGAAUACCGCCUCGUCCGUAUGUAAAGAUUUAAUUUGGGAGGAAAAUACUUUCUUUCCUGCUUCGCGGCGGCCAUGACGCAAACUUCCUCUCAGGUAUGUAUCGCCAUCUACUGGGCAAUAUCGGUUACAAUACAAAUUAGCGAAUGACCAUGCACCAUGGAAUGUCCAAAUGGUAAACAAAGCCAGUCCAUUUGUGUGAAGCAUCUCUAAUAAGCGUUUCUGUUAUGUAUAGCCUCCUUGCCGUGUAUGAGUAAAAGUCACGGUUUAAGUCGAAUGCGAUGGCAUCUUUGCUGGAAAAGCUAUGCACGAAAAGUGACAUUGACAACGCUAUAAAAUCGACCGAAGAAUUGGUCCUGGUGCUCCGGUUUGGUAGGGAAUCUGAUCUCGUGUGCAUGGAGCUUGAUGAAAUUCUCUGGAAGACUGCUGCAGGACUCUCGAAGAUGGCAAAGAUUUUCUCUGUUGAAGUUGAUGGAGCAUCUGUCUAUAUGCAAUACUUCGAUAUCACAUUAAUACCGGCAACAAUCUUUUUCUUCAAUGGCCAGCAUAUGAAAGUAGACUGGGGCACUCCAGACCACACCAAGUUCAUAGGAAGCUUCCGGAAUAAGCAGGAUUUCAUCGACGUAGUCGAAGUCAUUUACAGAGGUGCGAUGAGAGGCAAACUCAUGGUCAAGAAUCCACUUGAUCCUCAGAACGUGCCAAAAUAUGAACUUCUGUACAAAGAAUUUUAAUGAAAGGCAUGGAGUUGAUGUAAAAACUUUCAAAUGUGCAUCAUUGUGUGAUGAGAAAUAUGAACUUCUGGACAAAGAAUUCUAACAAGAGGCAUGGAGUUUGAUGUAAAAACUGUCAAUUGUACAUCAUUGAGUAUAGAUCUGUGACACAUGAAACAAAUUCAAGCUGAACGGAGUCAUGUCAGUUUCAAUGAUCACCAAGGAUUGUGAGUGAAUGCGAUUUUAGAAAAGCCAGUUUCAAUAUGAGCAAGUGAAGACUGGAAUUAUACAUGUGAGCAGGAUUGAAUGAAAACUUUUGU